AUGCCCAGAAGAUGCCCGCACAGCCAGCCCAGAGUUGUGCUAAGACGCAUCACCAAAAUGUCUCUAAGUGAGCGUUUUGCUCAACUGUGCAAGAACAAACAGCCUCAGCGGAUGCCAGGGAAUGUCCGAGCCUCCAUGAGGCAACAGCAGCAGCUGGCCAGUGCCAGAAACAGAAGACUGGCCCAGCAGAUGGAGAAGAGACCCUCUGUCCAGGCAGCGUUGAAUCCUAGGCAGAGUUUAGAGGGGCGCCUGGGUGAGAGGAGCAUCCAAUUCCGUUUAGGACGUCCCAUGGGUGCCAUUGCCAGGGGAGCGAAUGGAGGAAGAGGCGCAGCCAUCAUCCAGACACACUUGCCCCAAGGAGGAGGAGUAUGUGGGGGACCUGCCGCCAGGACCCUGCCCGGGGGCGGGAUGCCACCCCCAGGUCGGGCUGUUUUAGGUCCUGGAAGAAGGGCUUUUGGAGGCCCAGGGCCAGGGCGCGGCCGUGGACAUGGCUGUGGGCGAGGGAGAGGUGCGCUCACUCGCCCUGAACUGACCAAGGAGCAGCUGGACGCCAAACUGGAUGCACACAUGUUGGAAGGGAAAGCGAGCCUGGAUGCUGAGUUGGAUGCCUGCGUGGCAGAGGCAGACCCUGAGACCUGUGACUGUAGCCCACCUCUUAGACUCUUGUUCAAGUCAACACAUCUGUGCCAAAAUCACCUGGAGAAAACAGGAGGAGAAACCUGA